AUGGCUGAUGCUAAUAUCACUCCUGUCACUGAAUUCAUUCUCAAGGGAAUUACAGAACGCCCCGAGCUGCAGACCCCAUGCUUCGUGAUGUUUUUAGUCAUCUAUCUGGUCACAGUGCUGGGCAACCUUGGCCUGAUCACCUUAAUCAGGAUUGAUACUCGACUCCACACACCCAUGUACUAUUUCCUUAGCCACUUGGCUUUUGUUGACCUUUGUUACUCCUCUGUUAUCACCCCGAAGAUGAUGAUGAACUUUGUGGUGGAACAAAACACCAUCUCUUUCCUUGCAUGUGCAACUCAGCUGGGCUGUUUCCUCACCUUCAUGAUCACCGAGUGCUUCCUUCUAGCGUCCAUGGCCUAUGAUCGCUAUGCCGCCAUUUGUAAACCUCUGCACUACACAACGCUGAUGUCACAAAGAAUCUGCUUUCAUUUGGUGGCAGUCCCGUAUAUCUACAGCUUUCUGGUGGCCCUGUUCCAUACCAUCGUCACCUUCCGUCUAACUUACUGUGGUCCCAAUGUUAUCAACCAUUUCUAUUGUGAUGACCUUCCUCUACUGGCUCUCUCUUGCUCUGACACACACAUAAAGGAAAUUCUGAUCUUUGCCUUCGCUGGCUUUGAUAUGAUCUGUUCCUCUUCCAUCGUCCUUACCUCCUACAUCUUUAUCGUUGCCGCCAUCCUAAGGAUCCGUUCAAACCAGGGGCGUCGCAAGGCCAUUUCUACCUGUGGCUCCCACAUGGUGGCUGUUACCAUCUUCUAUGGCACACUGAUCUUUAUGUACCUGCAGCCCAAAUCCAACCACUCCUUGGACACAGACAAGAUGGCAUCCGUGUUUUACACGGUGAUCAUCCCCAUGCUGAACCCCCUGAUCUAUAGUCUCAGGAACAAAGAGGUCAAAGAUGCCUCCAAAAAAGUCUUAGAAAAAGGUUAUGAAACCUUAAGGAUUUUAAAAUUGAGAAAAUAA